AAUCUUGUAAACAUUAACCUAAAAAUGUACACAAACAACACCACCACAUAGUGCAUUUUACACAGAUCUCAUAUUCAACACUGACAUUGAUAUAGAAGAUAAUAAUUACCUAUUUAUACAUUUAUCAGUUCAUGGUUGAAAAUUGUUACAUUUUGCUCUUGGACAUUUUCAUCACACUUUUAUUUAGAUGCCAUGAAGGAAAUCGUACUCUAUUAUGAAUCUUAAAUUGGUUACAGCUGUCUCUGCAAUGACGCCUAGGGAGACAAUGCUCCAGCACGGUAGAUAUGACGAACGCCAGUAGCGUGAACAAUUUUAUCGCCCAGAAAACACUCAUCAUGGAUUCAUUCUAUGAGAUUUCAGAGAUCGUGCUUCCCCCUGGAGGACGGCGCACUUUCUUCUGCAUGAUGGCCCUGAUAGUGGCAGGAUGGUUGUUUUCUGUCGGGCUGGUCAUCCUAUCUUGCCACAUCAGCCCUUCCAGAUCACGGAAAUCGAGCCGACUUGCUUUCUUUGCAGCAUUCAACGAGAAAUUGAGGAAGGAGUUUAGGAGCCAGCGGGAAGACACGUACAACACGUUGAUCACAGGAACGAACCGCGUGCUCAGGACAAAUACCGAGGAGCCCACGGUGUUUCUGGUGCUAGUUCCCAGGGGAGCGAUGGGCGCAGCCACGCGCCUGGUCACCCUCCUGGUGCACUGCACCUUGAUCGCCUACCACUACCCCUGCAGUCGUCACCACGUGAACCACCUAUUCACCAACGGGGACCAAUACACAUCGCACAACGAGGAAUGGCCCUUCUUCAACGAAAUCAAAAGACACCUCAGAUUCUACGGCGUCUCUGCGGUGUUUGGCUUCGAGCUCCUCCAUCCCCAGGUGGUGAGGACGCUCCAGCUGCUUGUCCCUCUGAUCCUGCCACCGUUCCCAGAGUCGGUGCUGAUACUGGUGGUGGACUUGAAGAAUCGCUUCACCGAAUUCCAGCAGCAAAGCUUGACCCCAAACAGCCUCGGAAAGAUAUUCCUGCAAGAACAUUUCGGUCCCUACUUCGAUCAGAAGGAACUGAGAGACACCAUCAACCAGAUCGGUGCAAGAUGCGUUCUCAUAAAUCCUGAACUCGGUGAUUUGGUCAGUGAUACUCUGCAGCCCUACGAGCAGGCCUACUAAUAAGUCGUGUAGAUUAUAAAAUGUAUUCAACCCUUUUUUAGUUUUUUUCACGUUGUAUACAGUAAUAUUCUGUAAUGUAUUACAUAUAUAAAUACAAGAAUUCUUUAUUUUAAGCCCUAA